GCGUGAACUUCACUCACUUUCCUCAUUGCUUUGCUUGCUGCUCCUUCUCUGUGAAUCAGUUAUGAAACUUUACUAAAUUAUAGUUUAAGUAAUUCUAAUCAUAAGAUUAAGAUGCCUAAAUUAUCGUGUGAUUUUAGAUGCCUUCUGAUUCCUGCUGCCAUUGCCUUCUUCUACGUUCAGAUGAGGCUUUUUGCUACGCAAUCAGAGUACGCCGAUCGUCUAGCUUCUGCUGUUGAAUCCGAAAGCCAUUGUACAAGUCAAAUGCGGUUGCUGAUCGAUCAAAUAAGUUCGCAGCAAGGACGGAUUUUGACUCUUGAAGAAGAAAGAAAACGUCAAGGUGAAGAGUGUAGACAGCUGAAGGCUCUUGUUGAAGAUCUUGAAAGAAAAGGCCUUCGAAAAGUGGCUGACAAGGUACCGGUAGCAGCAGUUGUGAUUAUGGCUUGCAAUCGUGCUGAUUAUUUGGAAAGGACUAUUAAGUCUGUAUUGAAGUACCAAAGCUCUGUGUCUUCAAAGUAUCCAGUUUUUGUGUCCCAGGAUGGAUCUAAUGAGGAUGUUAGAAGCAAGGCUAUGAGUUAUGAUCAGCUAUUAUACAUGCAGCACAUAGAUUCUGAACCUGUGCAUCCAGAUAGGCCUGGAGAGUUGAUUGCAUACUACAAGAUUGCAAGUCAUUACAAAUGGGCAUUGGAUCAAUUAUUCUACAAGCACAAUUUUAGCAGAGUGAUCAUACUUGAAGAUGAUAUGGAGAUUGCCCCUGAUUUUUUUGAUUACUUUGAGGCUGCGGCCGCUCUCCUUGACAAGGAUAAGUCCAUCAUGGCUGUUUCCUCAUGGAAUGACAAUGGACAAAAGCAGUUUGUGUAUGAUCCUUAUGCACUUUACCGAUCAGAUUUCUUUCCUGGACUGGGAUGGAUGCUUACUAGAUCAAUAUGGGAUGAACUAUCCCCUAAAUGGCCAAAAGCUUACUGGGAUGACUGGUUAAGGUUAAAGGAGAAUCACAAAGGUCGGCAAUUUAUUCGUCCAGAAGUAUGCAGGACUUAUAACUUCGGUGAGCAUGGUUCUAGUAUGGGGCAGUUUUUCAAACAGUACCUUGAGCCAAUUAAGUUGAAUGAUGUCCGGGUUAACUGGAAGUCAAUAGAUUUGAGCUACCUGAUGGAGGAAAAGUUUCCAACAUAUUAUGCCAACACAUUGAGAAAUGCUAAGCCCGUUCACGGAAAUGAUGUUGUUUUGAAAGCUUAUAACAUUGAAGGGGAUGUACGUAUUCAGUACAACAACCAAGCAGACUUUGAGAUCAUUGCACGCCAAUUUGGUAUUUUUGAAGAAUGGAAGGAUGGAAUACCGAGGACAUCAUACAAGGGAAUAGUUGUUUUCCGAUAUCAAACAAAAAGACGUGUGUUCCUUGUUGGUCCAGAUUCAUUGAGACAGCUGGGUAUUGAAGAUGCUUGAUUUUAGCUGAUGACAGGUCUUUUAAAGAGUUACAAACUAGUUUGAUCAGACAAAAACGGAUGACAUGAUUAGUUAUUCUUGGGUUUAUCAGAUUUGAGCAUUAUUUCAUCCCGGAUAACAUCAAGGAGGUAGCUGCAAUCGUUACAAGCUCUCCAGCACUAAUUGUUACCAAAUUUUGCCUUCAACUUACAUCAGCAGCUAAGUAUAUUUACACGCUAACUUCUACGCUAUGAUUGUGAUCAUUGCAUAUCAAAAAGAACUGCCUGGGGAUUUUGUUAUCGUUAUCACCUAUAUGCUCGGUCUUCCUCUAACACAUAUGAUGUAUUAUUCGUUCUCAACAUAGGAUACCUACGAAGGUGAAUUAAAUUGUUGCAUUUGAGUGAAUUUCUUCUUAUUUUUGUUUAGGACAGCCUUUUAGUGGUUCCGAUAUUUAAAUGAGCUCGUCUGAAGCAAACAUAUCUUUAGUCUACUGUUGGCCUCCAUAUAUGCUCCAUAUGUGUAACACUUCGAGCGGGUAUUUUAUUUGUUGCAUAGUUUAAUUGUCA